AUGCUAUCACAUUCGUUCUACUUCCUUCUACUCAGCGCCGUCGCUUUCACCCAUGCAAAACCACCAAAGAAAACAGAAAUUUACAACGCCGUUUCUCCACCCCAAGCAUUAGGAAACAGCAGUGUCGUUUUCGCAGGAAGACAUACGCCCCCAAAACUCGAUGAUCUACCAAAAGAUGCUUGGAAGAAGAUGAACCAGACGUGUGCUACUUUAGACUACACCUUGAUUUUAGACGAGAUGAUCUUGGGAGGAGAUCCGAAUUGCAAGAGCGUGGAAUUGGGAGCGAAAAAAGAGGGUGAAAAGGGAGUCGCGAGGUUGGAAGUUUGUAAUUGGGAUGUUUGUGGGAAAGUCAACAUUACAUCUCUCUCUCCAUUCUGUCACGCCCUCGCCCGACCCUUCGAAGGAAUCGGAAGGAAACCAUACACGGAAUCCUGGAAGCUCGACCACAACCCCUCGGCAACAGUAAACAUCCGUAUCGACAACACAAUUUCCGAGAUCCCGCAGAUCCUCGACUUCAAGCCGAAGUGUAAUGGUUUCGAGAUUCCGGAAGAUGGGACGUUAGAUAAGGAGAAGAAACAUGAGGAUAAUUCGUGGGUGAGGGGGGCGAAAAAGAUGUUGAGACCCUAUGUGCCGGGGAGAUGUCAGAUGGAGAAGGAGUGUAAAAUUAUCAGACUAGAGGGAUUGGCAGGCUUUGAGGUGAUCGAAGAGACGAUGGUGGAUGAGGUGAUGUUGGAGGAUUUCGAGUGGGAUUUGCAGCUGUUUGGAUAA